CUCUUAUUAUUGUCGCCCUUUUAUUUUUCCUGCUCACGGCUCUUUGUCAAAAAAAAAAGGAACAAAACUAUAUUGUAUUAUAGUGUUUUGAACCUCUCCAUUUCAUAUAAAAAGCUGCUUCAAUCCUCAAAACAAAUCAGUAAAUCAUCACCUCUCUCCCUUCUUCCCUCAGUACCCUAGGACUCAGUUCUCCCUUCCAUCCUUUCAGGAACAACAUAUCACUUCUAUUAUAAUGGCCCCUAUCACCCGUUUGGCUCUUGUGGCAACCCUCGUUUGCUCCGCAUUCGUCAAUGCCGCUCCUGUUUUUGCACCUGCUCCAGCUGAUGCCCCAGCACCCGCUUUGAUGGGAGCUCCUGUUGCUGUUGGAGGUGAGGAAGGUCACGCCCUCUUCAAACGCGCCCCCGCUGCGACCGUCAUCACCCGCUGCACUCUCCCUGGCACCGUUGCCAUCACUUUUGACGACGGUCCACACAUCUACACCAAGGGUCUCUUGGACAAUCUGCGCAAGAAGAAUGCCAAGGUCACCUUCUUCAUUAACGGAGAGAACUUUGGUCCCCUUACCCAACACUCAUCAGUCCUUAAGCAGAUGUUGGCUGAUGGACACCAGAUUGCCUCCCACACCUGGUCCCAUCAGGACUUGGCUACGCUCAAGGGCGCUGCUAUCAUUCAAGAAAUGACUAAGCUCGAGGUUGCCCUCAGAGCUAUCAUUGGCAAGGCUCCUACAUUCAUGCGUCCUCCCUACGGUAGCACCAACGCUUUGGCCUUGACUACCUUGGGUAACCUCGGUUACAAGGUCAUCAACUGGGAUCAGGAUACCAACGACUGGCAACACACCAAGGACUAUAAGAAGAGUCUCGAUCUUUACAAGACUGUCUUGAAAAAGUCUAGUGAGCUUAAGAAGCCUGGUCAUAUUUUCCUUCAGCACGAUGUCCACGAGCUCACCGCCAAGAAGGUGGGACCCCUGGCUGUCGACUAUGCCCUUAGCAAGGGCUACAAGGUCGUCACCGUUGGUACUUGCUUGGGAAUCCCCGAGAGCGCAUGGUACAAGAACUAAACAAAAAAAAUACCAUCUUUCUGUAUACUUAUAUUACAUACUAUAUCAUGUACUUCCUAGCAUCCUUCAUCUAUUCUCUUAAUAAAAAAAUGUAAAAAA